AUGUUGUUAAGUAUGGACGUUAUGAAAGUGCGAGACUGGACAUAUCUCGAGGACCCUCCACAAGACAUUGGCCCAGCUCGACAUCUACUCGAGUUCUACAGCAAAAUCCCAUUCAAUGACUUGGACGGUCAUAUACGCCGGGUUCGAGAGAAGGCCUGGUGCGUCUCGCAGUAUCCUUGCGUUGGACGAUGGAAAUUCCUUUAUAUCCCAGACCCAAAAGACCCUCGCUAUCAACAAGCCCUUUUCCGCCUCAAUGUCGCCGGCUCUAGGGAUGUCCUUCUCGAUCUCGGAUGUGGUGUCGGACAAGUGAUCCGACAAUUCCGCGCGGAUGGGGUUGACGGCGCUCAACUCAUCGGUACUGAUCUGCAGUCCAAGUUUAUCGACAUUGGCUAUGACUUGUUCCAAGAUCGACAUCAACUAGGCGCUUCUUUUGUCGCCGGCGAUAUGCUGGACCCCGAGGACAAGCAGAUGGCUUCUUUACGCGGCAAGAUCACCAUGGUCCAUGCAGGUAGUUUCUUCCAUCUUUUCAACUGGAUCCAGCAACUUUAUAUCGGCAAACGCGUUGUCGAAUUUCUAAAGCCAGGUACCAGAAACGCAAUCAUUUAUGGCCGCCAAGUCGGCACCAACCACCCGGGACCGACCUCGACCAGCACUCGAUCUGCUUACUUGCACGACCAAGCGAGCUUCCAACGACUAUGGGACGAAGUUGGUGGUCUGACCAAGACGCGAUGGCAGGUCCAGGUCGAACCAACAGGAGAGCCUGUAUCCAAAGUGCCUGGCUUCAACAGCCAUGCAUUUCCAGUCAACUUCACUGUCUACCAAGUAUCAUGA